AUGGAUUAUAAAACACCUUUUACAGCACUAACGCCACCAGUGUUUAAGGGUGAAAAUUAUCAAGUAUGGGCAGCUAGAAUGGAAGCCCACCUAAAGGUAAAUGAUCUCUGGGAUGCUGUUAAAGAGGACUAUGAAGUUCCUCCCUUAACAGAUAAUCCAAGAGAUGAAAAGCUUAAAGGAAUGCAAAAGUUGAAUCUGAUUCGUGAGUUCGAGAUGCAGCAAAUGAAGGAGUCAGAGACAAUCAAGGAAUUUGAUGCUACUAUAUCUUCCAUGGAGAGUAGCAAAGAUUUGUCAACAAUCACCUUGGCAAAACUAAACAGUGCUUUACAGGCUCAAGAACAAAGGAGACUGAUGAGAAGUGAAAGUUCUGUGGAAGGUGCACUGCAGGCUAAGUUACAAAUCAAUCAUGGAGAGAAAGACAAGAAGAAGAGUUCUAAGAAAAACCCACGUGAGGCAGCCACCAGCAGCAAAGGAGAAAAAAAGAGAGAUUUUCCUCCUUGCAAACAUUGCGGCAAAAAAGGUCAUCCUCCUUUCAAAUGUUGGAGAAGACCUGAUGUGAAGUGUGGGAAGUGCAAUAAACUUGGGCACCAUGAAAGAAUAUGCAAAAGUAACCUCCAACAGAAGGAUGAUGUCCAAAUAGUAAGCGAGGAAGAUGAAGAGCAAAUGUUUGUAGCAUCUUGUUUUACAAGCAGAAGCUCAAGCUCAAGUUAUUGUUGGCUCCUAGGCAGUGGUAGUACCAACCACAUGACCGGUGAUGAAGAACUCUUUAGAGAGUUGGACAGGUCCCAAGUAUCCAACGUUAGAAUUGGUAAUGGUGACUGCAUUCCUAUCAAGAGAAAUGGACUGUUGUCAUAG